AUCCAACUUAGAAACUACCCACUAAACUCCCCCAAAGGAGGUGGCAAUGGCACGGCCGGUUAAGAGGCAAGCACCACAAGCAGCACCAGCAGCGGAUGACAUUGAUGAGAAACACCUUUUGGCUUUCAUUGUGAAGGACAAAUAUAAAGAAGUACAACAAUGCAAACAAGAACUCGAGAAAUAUUGUAAAGAGUUGGAGGAAAUAGAUAAGGAUUUAGGAAAAGUAGAUAAAAAAGUUAAAGAAAUUUGUGAUAAAACAAAACGAGACGAAAAAUGCAAAAACCUGAAAGACGAAGUUGAACAAGAAUUGGAUGCUUUUGAUAUAGAUCUUCAAGAUGAAAAAGUUUGUGAAAAAUAUGAAGAAAAAUGUAUACUUUUAGAAGAGACGGAUUAUGAUGAUAUUAAGAGUGAUUGUGUUAACUUGAGGGAGAAAUGUUACAAAUUGAAGCGUGAAAAGGUGGCAGAGGAGCUCCUUUUGAGGGCGCUCGGAGGGGAUGCUAAAGAAGAAGCUAAAUGUAAAGGAAAGAUGAAUACUGUUUGCCCAGUGUUGAGCCGAGAAAGCGACGAAUUGAUGUCUUUUUGCCUUGAUCCGACUGGAACGUGUGGAGAUCUGAAAACAAAAUUGGGCGAAGUUUGCAAACCUUUAGAAACAGAAUUGAAUGAGAAAAGUUCAGAAAAGUGUCAUGAAAGACUUGAGAAAUGUCAUUUUUACAAAGAAGCGUGUACUGAAACAAAGUGUGAUGAGGAUAUGAAGCAAUGCAAGGAAAAAGGAUUCACAUAUAAAGCGCCAGAAUCUGAUUUUAGUCCUGUCAAGCCGAAGGCGUCGUUGUUGAGAAGUAUUGGGUUUGAUGAUGUGUAUAAAAGAGCUGAAAAAGAAGGAAUUAUUAUUGGAAAAUCAGGAGUGGAUCUACCAAGGAAGUCAGGUACAAAAUUUCUGCAAGAUCUCUUGCUAGUCUUGAGCAGAGAUGGGAAUGAGAAGGAACCAGAUAAAAAGUGCAAAAAAGCGUUAGAAAAAUGUGAUGCUUCUAAGUAUUUGAAUACUGAAUUGAAAAAGUUAUGUGAAGAUCAAAAGAAAGACGACAAAUGCAAAGAAUUACUAGAUGUAAAUGUAAAAGAAAGAUGUACAAAUCUUAAAUUAAAACUUUAUCUCAAAGGGUUGUCUACAGGAUAUGAAAAAGCUGAUUCAGAUCUUUUAUUGUGGGGACAGCUGCCAACUUUUUUUAUAAAAGGAGAGUGCGCAGAACUUGAGUCGGAAUGUUUCUAUUUAGAAAAUGCGUGUAAGGAUAAUAAUAUUGAUAAAGCGUGCCAAAAUGCAAGAGCAGCGUGCUAUAAAAAGGGACAAGACAGGAUGUUGAAUAAGUUCUUUCAAAAGGAAUUGAGGGGGAAGCUUGGUCUUGUAAGAUUUUAUAGCGAUCCUGAAGAAUGCAAAAAAUCUGUGGUAGGAAACUGUACAAAACUUAAAGGAGAUAAAAGAUACUUUUCAAAAUGUCUUUAUCCUAAAGAACUAUGUUAUGCGGUUUCAAAUGAUAUUUUUCUUCAAUCCAAAGAGUUAAGUUUGCUUUUAGAUGAUCAGAGAGAUUUUCCAUUUGAAAAGGAUUGUCUUGAAUUGGGAGAGAAGUGUGAUCAACUUAGUAGUGAUUCAUUAUUGAAUUUAGAAAAGUGUAUAACAUUGAAAAGACGCUGUGAAUACUUUAGAGUUUCAGAGGGAUUUAGAAAAGUAUUUUUAGAAAAAAAAGAUGAUUCGUUAAUGACUCAGGGAAACUGUACAAAGGCAUUGCAUGGGAAAUGCCAUCAAUUAUAUAGGAGGAGAAAGAAUUCAUUUAGUGUUUCAUGUGCUUUACCAGAAGAAACAUGUAGUUAUAUGGUAUUCCACACAAGUCAAGAUUGUAAAUAUUUAAAAGAAAACAUCAAGAAUGGAGAAAUUGUAGGAAAAAUUGAAAAAGCAAAUGGAAAUGAAGCAACACUUGAAGAACUCUGCACAACAUGGGGCCGACAUUGUCAUCAACUUGUGGAGAACUGUCCAGAUCAGUUGAAAAAAGAGAAUGGCAAUGGCAAUAAUCAUAACUGCGAAGCACUCGAUGAAAAAUGCAGGGAUACUUUUGAAAAGUUGAAAGCGAAGGAUGAGCUAACUCAUCUGUUGAAAGGAAGUUUAAGCAAAGAUGAUGAUUGUAAAAAAAAAUUAGGAGAGAGUUGUACUGAGUUGGAAAAGAAUGAAGCAUUCAAAACUCUGUAUAGUAAAUGUGAUGAUAAAAUUGCCGAAGAACUUUGCAAAAAAUUAGUUAAAAAAGUAAAAGAGAGAUGUCCUACUUUAAAAACCGAUCUGAAUAAAGCGAAAGAGGAGUUGACAAAGAUGAAAAAAGAAUACGAUGAGCUCAAACAGGUGGCAGAAAAAUCUACAGAGGCAGCUAAGUUAUUGCUAUCAAAGUCUGGAAAAGCCGCAAUGCCAAGUGGACAGGAUAGCAAUGGUUCUGCACCAGUAUCCGCACCAGCAGGAUCAGGGUCGCCAUCAUCACCAGCAGUACCACCACCACCAGGGUCACCACAAAAUGGAACGACAGACGCAUCAGGUAAAACGCCAAGCACAGGAGAUGGAACACCAGGCACACCGGGUAGUGGAACGCCAAACUAUGUAAAAUUUGGACUCGUUAAAAGAGCAUAUGUAGAUGGAGGUGUAUCAGAAGUAGAAGUAAAAGCAUUUGAUGCAACGACGAUAGCAUUGGAAUUGUAUUUGGAAUUGAAAGAGGAAUGCAGCGCUUUACAACUAGAUUGCGGUUUUAAAGAGGAUUGUAAGGAAACUGAACCAGCUUGUAAAGAAAUAGACACGUUAUGCGGAGGAAUAAAACCAUUAGAAAUUAAGCCUCAUCAUACAGAGACACAAAAAGAAAUCUCAACCACUACGACGACCACUACGACGACCACUACCAUGACCAGUACCACGACUACGACGACAACUACUACGACAACCAAACCGGGAAGUGGAGGAAAAGUAACAGAAGAGUGUACAAUGAUACAAACAACAGAUACAUGGGUGACGAGUACGUCAUUGCAUACGAGUACGAUAACGAGUACGUCAACGGUGACGUCGACAGUGACGUUGACGUCGAUGCGCAAGUGCAAGCCUACCAAAUGUACUACUGAUUCAAGCAAAGAGACACAGAAAGAAGAAGAAGAAGAAGUAAAACCAAAUGAUGGGGUGAAAAUAAGAGUUCCUGAUAUGAUUAAAAUAAUGUUGUUGGGAGUGAUUGUUAUGGGGAUGAUGUAAAAUGAAUGAAAAAAAUGUUAAUAGAAUGAAAAUGUGCAUAUAUCCA